GGGGGCGGUGCGCAGGCGCAGUGCGCGGCCGGGCCGCGGCUGCCGGGGCCGGCGCUUCCAUGAGCCGGCGUUGCCCGCCGAUCGCUGCCUCGCUGCUGCGGGGGCUCGCCGGCCUUGCCGCGCUCCGCCUGGGCGGGAGCAUGAGCCUGUGCGAGGCGCCGUCUGCCUGCGCCGCGGGGCCUGCGAGCGGCGGCGCGGGAUUCUCCUCAGCACGGCUGAGCCCGCCCUGGCUGCGGCUGCCUGAGGUGGCGGGCGCGGAGCCGCAGCGGCUCAACGAGCUGCUGCUGCUGCUGCCGCCGGCCCAGCGCGGCCCAGCCCCGCCGCAGCAUCACGUCGUGUACUUCCCGGGGGACGUGCAGAACUAUCACGACGUCAUGUCUUGUCACCCAGAAAACUUCCAGUGGAAGCAGUGGAGUUUUGAAAACGUUGCUACCAUACUCGCUCGCCGGUUCCCUAAUAGCUUUAUUUGGGUUGUAAAGUGUUCCCGAAUGCACCUGCACAAGUUCAGCUGUUACGACAACUUUGUGAUGAGCAACAUGUUUGGAGCACCAGAGCACAGCCCUGACUUUGGAGCUUUCAGGCAUCUCCACGCGCUGCUAGUUAAUGCAUUCAGACUCUCUCAGAAUAUUCUGCUGCCCCAGAAAAGUGUGCAUGGUGUCAGCAAGGAUGCGAAAAUAGCUGCUUGUAAAUCACAGCUGCAGUCUGCUCCUGCAACAAAUGGCUGCUCAGCCACAGAAGGAGCGAGAGGUUGUGAAUGCUCUAAUAAUUCUGCUGUGAACUUCAUUAUACCGUCUGCUGUAGGUGCCGCGUCAUUUACUUUGAUUGGCUUCAGUAAAGGUUGUGUGGUUUUGAACCAGCUGCUUUACGAGCUGAAGGAAGCUAAAAAAGACAAGAAUACUGAUGGCUUCUUGAAAAACAUAAAAGCAAUUUACUGGCUGGACGGCGGCCACUCGGGAGGAAGCAACACUUGGGUGACGUACCCUGAUGUGCUGAAAGAACUUGCGCAGACAGGAAUUGAAAUUCAUGCCCACGUGACCCCGUACCAAGUGUUUGACACAAUGAGGUCGUGGAUUGGGAGAGAGCACCAGAAAUUUGUACAGACACUUGAACAAUUUGGUGUGGAAAUAAACGAUCAACUCCAUUUUGCCGAUGAUGUCCCCUCCUUAGAUAACCAUUUCAGAGUUCAUGAAGUAUUUUGAGACUGUAUAUAUCUGAGUAGUAUGUUCAUUGUAAAAGCACUUUUGGCUCUGUCAGUGUUGUCAGCUAGUUUACAAGUUGGAGCGGAUGCUUUCUGCAGAGCAUACUCAUCCAAUCCUACGUUGCUGAUAGAUGCUAUAAGUACAUUUCAGUAGCUUACAAAGGAGGAUCGGGACCCCACACCUACAACAGGUGUUGUCAUUUGAUUCCUGGAAAAAAAAGUGUUAUGAAGAAUUCUCCUAUACAGGGUUUUGUGUUUUGGUUUGUUUUUUUUUUUUUUUUUUUUUUUUAAUGUGGAUGUUUAUUCUCAAAACUGUUGGCAAAAGUUUUAGCCCUGGUUGUCUAACAUCGUAUACUGCCUUUGAUGGGAGUUUAAGGUACUUGACACUUUCAAAUGUCUGGACACUUCAAUUUAGUAGCUUCCAGGGCUAAAAAUAUUGUUUCUUGUCAAUAACAGAUGUAACAUUAGUUUUUCAGCUUAAGGAAAGUGGUGAUUGUUAGAACAGUCUUAGUUAUAUAUUUUGGUGAAAAUUAUUUUAUUUAGUUAAUUAAAUCUUCCAGUUUCAUAACAUUU